UUAUCAGUUUGUCAACUCAGGUGUUUAAUUGCAUCGGGCGUUAACGAGGCGGGAGAAUGACUGGGAGAUGUGAUUCUGCAAGUGAAAUAUCAUUCUGUACACGAGGUUCAUAUAAAUAAAUAAAUAAAUCGAAUUUCAUAGCAAAUAUCCCAGAGAAAAUGAGUCUAAAGUACACCUAACAAUCUACGACAGAUAAACAAUGUAAAUUUACAUUUGCAUAGGUUGCACGGAGAUCGUUCUGAACACAGUGAUUCGUGGGUCCGGUUGGUAUAUCGAAGGCAGAAGAACAGCUACAAACUUCACGUAUGUUGGAAGAACGAUACAAGUCAGCAAGUGAUCCAAAGUGGACUGUAUCUGUGGACAGUUAAAGGGGGUGUGCAGCCCCGGUUACUUGUACGCGAAUCUGAUUAUUAUAUUUGACAAUAAACUUUAAUUUGUACUAUAUGAAUUGGAAAUAACACGUUACCAAUAUGGGAGGAUUACUCAGUUAUUUUCGUAAUUUGCUUGGCAGCCGGGAAAUGAGAAUUUUAAUUCUUGGCCUGGACGGAGCUGGGAAAACUACGAUCUUAUACAGAUUGCAGGUAGGCGAAGUGGUUACAACGAUACCGACUAUAGGGUUUAACGUAGAGCAAGUUACAUACAAAAAUCUAAAGUUUCAAGUGUGGGACCUCGGAGGACAAACUAGUAUACGACCAUAUUGGAGGUGUUACUACUCAAACACUGAUGCAAUAAUUUAUGUCGUGGAUUCAGCAGAUAAAGAUAGAAUAGGCAUAUCAAAAGAUGAAUUAAUUCACAUGUUGAGAGAGGAAGAAUUGCAAGGUGCCAUCCUGGUAGUCCUAGCAAACAAGCAAGAUAUGACUGGUUGUUUAAGCGUUGCAGAGGUUCAUCAGGCCCUUGGAUUAGAUGCCCUGAAAAAUAGAACGUUCCAAAUCUUUAAAACAUCCGCGACGAAAGGUGAAGGGCUUGAUCAAGCGAUGGACUGGCUGUCAAACGCACUGCAAAGUAGAAAAUGAUUAUGAUUAUUAAAGAAUUUUUUUACCCAAGCCUUACUGAGAAGACUAGUCACACGACUGUCAUUUUGAAUGACCCACGCGGAGCUGGGCGCCUCAUAUGUUUAUUUAUUGUAUUUUAAAUAGCCUUACAAUUUCCAUUGAAAAUCUAUUCUAAGAUUGAUCAUACUUUUCAUAAUGUGAAACACAAUAAAAGCGAACCAAAAGUUUUAUCUUUCUUACGUAAUUUAAAAUGUAAUAAAAACUAGAAAAUCUUUUGAUUUGAAUACUUUUUUCUCUGUAUCGGUAUGUAACAUUUUAUCGCUACUACGAUUCAUCUUUUAUCAUCUUUUAUACCGCGAAAGUAAUCAGGGGGUUUUGUUAUAACGCAAAGCAAUAUAAUACAACAAUUUCAACAAAUUUUUAAUAAUGAAAAAAAAAAGUCUAUAAAUGCAAGUGUGCUACCAUAAUUAGUAACGAGAAACAUAGUGUAUAUUGGUAUAAAUAUAACACUUUUACUAUUAACACUAAUCAAGGCUAUCAUUUGUAGAAAUUUCAGUGAAAUUGGAAAUCGUUUGAUGUGUCAAUAUUUUGACAUAGUGUGUGAAUAAUUAUGUACAUAUAUAUGUAACUGGUUUAAUUUCAUUUAUAUAAUAUAAGACCCUGAAAUGUAAAAAAUUCUUUUAUAUAAAUCGAAAUACCAUAGAAACGAAGAAACACGAUUUAAAAUUGAAACACGAUAUUGUGAAUAAUGUUUAUGAAUUUGUUAUACUGAUUUUAAGAAUAGAAACUAAUGCUGCCCCAUAGAAAUGAAGUUAAUAUUCUGACACGCAUUCAUUUGAAAAUAAUUUCCCAUCAAAAUAAAACAUUGUCAAUUUCUGUUGAAACUGAAACCAUAUGUAAUCUUAAUUAUUUCAGUUUAUAUACCAAAUAAUAAUAAAUAAUAUUUAAGUAUAUUGAUCACAUGCAAUUACCGAACAGUGUAUUGGAGAUUUGAUAAUUUAUGUAUUUAAAGUAAAUAUAGAUACCGUUUCAUAAUCAAUGUUCCAAGCAUCAAUUGUAUUUGACCAGCCAUUUCAAUUAUUUAAAGAAACAAGGUAUAUAUAUACAUAUACAUAUAGAAUAGACAUAUACAUCGCGCAGAAACGUUCUAUCAAUAAUCUGUACAAAUUCUUAUAAACAAAUUACAUAUUUUAUGAAAAUUUUGAUAUAUCCGAUACUCUUAUUUAAUAUUGUACAUGUUCAUUGUAUUCAAAUGUAGAGAAAUAAAAAAUCGCAGUCAAUAUUUUUC